AUGACCCUGUCGUUCUUCCUGUAUCUCCUUUCUAUAGGUAUGAGCGAGGCAUCCUCCAUAGUGAACAUGCGUAGAGUCACCCACCCUACCGUACGAGAGCCCCUGGCUGGCAUCGCCCACCUCCCGUGUGUCUUCACCCUCCAGCCCAGUGAGCCCAGCCCUUCCAGCCAACCUGCCCACAUCCAGUGGACCCAAACCUGGAUACCGCAGGGUGGCAAGGGGGGUCCCCUGGAGCAGACGGUUCUCUCAGCCAAGGGUAAAGAAAGUAACUUGAAUUAAAUCCUUUUGCUCUUUGGGGAGCAUAGGUAAUUCACAAACUUCCUCCAUGGGGUUCGGUGUUGAGCAGUUUUCUCCACUUCCUUUAACCUUUUACUCCAGUGGGCUAAAUCAGGGUCACUCAGAGUGUUUCUUGGUAGUCUUAAACAAAUCUACUUCGAAACAAGAGUAUACACCUCAUACUCAUGGUUAUGGGCUUAAUACAAGAAAGAAGAGACCUGUACCAUGUCAGAUAUAGAGUUGAAAUGUAUCCAAUUUUGAGUUUUUAUCCCAAUAUUACACUUUAUGUACAUCACAGAAGACUGACAUUUUUCGGCAAAAAUAAAGAAGAUAAUGUUUAUUAAUUAUGAAGUUAAGAAAAAUAUUAACAACAUUCCAUGAGGCCACUAGGUAAUUUGACUGCAGGAAAAGGGUAUGGAUGGUCCUGCUUCUUUUAAAUUUUAGGUAGUGAUUCAAUUAUAUUAGUUUCAAUCAACAUUGACUUAAACAUGCCAUAUUUGGGUGUUUGUAAUACGCUUAAUUUGUUAUGACAAAAUGAUUAGAGGGUUAUUGUUUUGACAGUUGAAAAGGUCUAUAAACUUUCAUAGAAAAAUUUGUAUUUUUUCAUUCUUUCCCAAAGGUGAUAUGGUGAAAGUGAAUAAGGCUUUCGCUGGCCGGGUCAGGUUGCUUGGAUACGCUGCUAACAACCUAAAUGCUACCAUGGAGAUCUCAGGCCUCCGUAGCAACGACACAGGCACCUACCACUGCCAGAUUGUCAUUGUAGACGACUACGAGCGAGACAUAGUGCCCCUUGUGGUCACAGGUGAGUGGUUUAUAGCUGGUGUGAUUCAGAAGGUGAGAUACCUUCUUUCCCCAAUACAAUACAAUACAUCUUGAUUGUUCCGAAUAGGUAUGCAACAAUUACAAGAAGUAUCGUCUGUGAAUUCUUUAGUUUAUUUAGUAAAAUACUUAUGAUUUCCACAACCUUGGAGUAAACUUCAUCAAUACCUCUGAAAGCUAAAUGAAUCCAUACAAGCUCUUUGUCCCUGUAAAUGAUCAUUAAUGACACCUAAGAAACCUCAGUGGGAAAAUGUGACAUCCCAAUAUUACACUUUAUAUACAUCAUAGAAAACUGAAAUAUAACUAAACUGUUUGACAUAGAAACACCGGAUUUUCGUCAUAAAAAAAUAAUAAUCUUUAUUCAUAAUGAAAUUAUGAAAAAUAUGAAUAACGUUCCACCCAUGAAGCCAAAGAGGGCACUUUUGGUCAUUGACUGCAGGAAAGGGCUACUGACCAUUGGUCCUUCAUAUUGAGUAUUGGUACAAAGCCUCCUUUUUAUAUUAUUAAUCAUAUAAAUAUCACAAUGAUUACUUUCUCCAGUCUUGCUUUUUUCUGCUUCUGUUUGUAUUUUCAUGAUGGGGUUCAUAUUAACAGGCUAAUAGUCCGUAACACUGUAAUUAAGUGCAUGGAUUGAAUACCAAGUACAACUGGCCUGUGGCUGUGACUGCUCUUCCAUGAAACGCAGCUAAAAACACACAAAGGGUUUCCAAUUGAUCUGUUCAGAAUGAACCUAUUUGGUUGCCAAACUGUGUAUCUUUAUACUCUCUAAAAGUAGGGCUAUAUCAUGCACAUCAGAUGUAUAUAUAUAUAUAUAUAUAUAAUAGUAGAUACUAUUUCAUUAUUGUCCUUACUGUAGUGUCCUGUUAAUUGUUACUACUCAUUGAGUAUAAUUAUUUUUCCUAUUAUUAUUAUUAUUAUUGUUAUUAUUAUUAUUAUUAUCUAUUUGCGUCAUCAUUGAUUUGAUAUGUGUCUAUAUGUUUGCUUUGGCAAUGUAUGUGGUAAUACUUUCCAUGCCAAUGAAGCCAUUUGAAUAUGAAUUUUGUAAGUGCAUAGGAAUGAACAUAAGUGAGAACACAUCUCCUGCUUAGAAAAUACUCCACAUACUGUAACAUUUUGGCUACAUUCCAAUGUUGAUAUUAGCAUCUCAUUUAGUGUCUUACACUGCCACAUGGAGAGUAACAUUUCAUUGGGUGACCUUCAUGAGUGAAUUAACAUCCUAAUGAUCUAAUUGCUUGUACAAGCUCCCAUCUGUUUGGCUGAGACAAGGACACACUUGGCAUCCCAACACAAACCUGUGUGUGGCUGUUUAAUGCGGUAUGCUGCUGAAACAGCCCCCUUGGGACCCUAGUGAAUAGAGUACUUGUUUAUUUUUAGUGAAUACAGUUACUGUAUGUGUGUGUCCUUGUGGUGUUGAUCAAGAAAGAAACAGAAGAGGGAGAGGGUGAGAGAGUGAGAAAGAGAUAAAUAAAGAGAGAGAUAAAGAGAGAGAUAAAGAGAGAGAUAAAGAGAGAGAGAAAGGGAAGUGUGAGAGAGAGAAAGAGAAAGAGAGAUAGAGAGAGCAAGAGAGAGAGAGAGAGAGCAAGAGAGAGAGAGAGAGAUACUCAAUCAUGAGGCAUCAAAGCCAAAGGAACUGAAUAAUAGUAAGAAAUGCUAUAGAUGGAAGGAAAAUAGUGUCGAAACCUACCAAAAAACAAUUAGGCAACAACAAAUUCAGUCCAUUCUAGACAACUUCCUGGACAAAACGUUCCACUGUAAUAGUGAAGGUGUAAACUUGGCAGUAGAAAACCUAAAAAGUAUAUUUGACCUCUCAGCUUCCCUAUCAAAUCUAAAAAUCUGAAGAAUGCAAAAACCUAAGAAAGAAAUUGAGAAACCUAUCCAACCAAAAACAUAGAGACCCAGAAAACCUGAGCCUACGCCUUCACUAUGGUGAAUCACUAAAACAAUACAGAAAUACACUACGGAAAAAGAAGGAACAGCAUGUCAGAAAUCAGCUCAAUGUAAUUGAAGAAUCCAUAGACUCUAACCACUUCUGGGAAAAUUGGAAAACACUAAACAAACAACAACACGAAGAGCUAUCUAUCCAAAACGGAGAUGUAUGGGUAAACCACUUCUCCAAUCUUUUUGGCCCUAUAACAGAGAACAAACAGCAAAAAAUGAUCAAAUGCAAAUCUUAGAAUCAACUAUUAAAGACUACCAGAACCCACUGGAUUCUCCAAUUACAUUGAAUGAACUACAGGACAAAAUACAAACCCUCCAGCCCAAAAAGGCAUGUGGUGUUGAUGGUAUCCUCAAUGAAAUGAUAAAAUAUACAGACCACAAAUUCCAAUUAGCUAUACUUAAACUCUUUAACAUCAUUCUUAGCUCUGGCAUCUUCCCCAAUAUUUGGAACCAAGGACUGAUCACCCCAAUCCACAAAAGUGGAGACAAAUUUGACCCCAAUAACUACCGUGGGAUAUGCGUACAACAGCAACCUUGGGAAAAUCCUCUGCAUUAUCAUUAACAGCAGACUAGUUCAUUUCCUCAGUGAAAACAAUGUACUGAGCAAAUGUCAAAUUGCUUCUCAUGCUUUGUUGAUUUCAAAAAAGCUUUUGACUCAAUUUGGCAUGAGGGUCUGCUAUACAAAUUGAUGGAAAGUGGGGUUGGGGGAAAAACAUACGACAUUAUAAAAUCCAUGUACACAAACAACAAGUGUGCGGUUAAAGUUGGCAAAAAACACACACAUUUCUUUCCACAGGGCCAUGGGGUGAGACAGGGAUGCAGUUUAAGCCCCACCCUCUUCAACAUAUAUAUCAACGAAUUGGCGAGGGCACUAGAACAGUCUGCAGCACCCGGCCUCACCCUACUAGAAUCGGAAGUCAAAUGUCUACUGUUUGCUGAUGAUCUGGUGCUUCUGUCACCAACCAAGGAGGGCCUACAGCAGCACCUAGAUCUUCUGCACAGAUUCUGUCAGACAUGGGCCCUGACAGUAAAUCUCAGUAAGACAAAAAUAAUGGUGUUCCAAAAAAGGUCCAGUUGCCAGGACCACAAAUACAAAUUCCAUCUAGACACUGUUGUCCUAGAGCACACAAAAAACGAUACAUACCUCGGCCUAAACAUCAGCGCCACAGGUAACUUCCACAAAGCUGCGAACGAUCUUAGAGACAAGGCAAGAAGGGCCUUCUAUACCAUCAAAAGUAACAUAAAAUUUGACAUACCAAUUAGGAUCUGGCUAAAAAUACUUGAAUCAGUUAUAGAACCCAUUGCCCUUUAUGGUUGUGAGGUCUGGGGUCCGCUCACCAACCAAGAAUUCACAAAAUGGGACAAACACCAAAUAUAGACUCUGCAUGCAGAAUUCUGCAAAAAUAUCCUCAGUGUGCAACGAAAAACACCAAAUAAUGCAUGCAGAGCAGAAUUAGACCGAUACCCGCUAAUUAUCAAAAUCCAGAAAAGAGCUGUAUAUAACCACUUAAAAGGAAGCGAUUCCCAAACCUUCCACAACAAAGCCAUCACCUACAGAGAGAUGAACUUGGAGAAGAGUCCCCUAAGUAAGCUGGUCCUGGGGCUCUGUUCACAAACACAAACAGACCCCACAUAGCCCCAGGACAACAACACAAUUAGACCCAACCAAAUCAUGAGAAAACAAAAAGAGAAUUACUUGACACAUUGGAAAUAAUUAACAAAAAAACAGAGCAAACUAGAAUGCUAUUUGGCCCUAAACAGAGAGUACACAGUGGCAGAAUACCUGACCACUGUGACUGACCCAAACUUAAGGAAAGCUUUGACUAUGUACAGACUCAGUGAGCAUAGCCUUGCUAUUGAGAAAGGCCGCCAUAGGCAGACCUGGCUCUCAAGAGAAGACAGGCUAUGUGCACACUGCCCACAAAAUGAGGUGGAAACUGAGCUGCACUUCUUAACCUCCUGCCAAAUGUAUGACCAUAUUAGAGACACAUAUUUCCCUCAGAUUACAGCGAUCCACAAAGAAUUUGAAAACAAACCCAAUUUUGAUAAACUCCCUUAUCUACUGGGUGAAAAACCACAGUGUGCCAUCACAGCUGCAAGAUUUGUGACCUGUUGCCACAAGAAAAGGGCAACCAGUGAAGGACAAACACCAUUGUAAAUACAACCCAUAUUUAUGUUUAUUUAUUUUCCCAUUUGUACUUGAACUAUUUGCACAUUGUUACAACACUUUAUAUAUACAUAAUAUGACAUUUGAAAUGGCUUUAUUCUUUUGUAACUUCUGAGUGUAAUGUUUACUGUUGAUAUUCAUUGUUUAUUUCACUUUUGUUUACUAUCUACUUCACUUGCUUUGGCAAUGUUAACAUACGUUUCCCAUGCCAAUAAAGACCUUAAAUUGGAAUUGAAAUUGAAUUGAAUUGAGAGAGAGAGAGAGAGAGAGAGAGAGGAAAAGAGUGAGAAAGAGAGAGAGAAAGAAAGGGAGAGAGGGAGAGAGAGAGAGAGAGAGAGAGAGAAAGAGAGAGAGAGAGAGAGAGAGAGAGAGAGAGAGAGAGAGAGAGAGGCAGAUAGAGAGGGAGAGAGAGAGAUAAUGUGUCUGUCCGUCACCUCACCUCUGUGUCUCUCUCCUCAGGUGUGGUAUUCCAUUACUGGUCUCCUAGAGACCGUUACGCCCUCUCAUUUGAUGACGCCAAGUGGGCCUGUCAGGAGAACUCCGCCCUCAUCGCCACGCCGACCCAGCUGUGGGCAGCGUUCCAUGACGGCUACGCCAACUGUGCUGCCGGAUGGCUCUCUGACCAGACUGUCCGGUGAGGACACAGACACACAACUCACGGACAAACGCACGCACACACACACACAAACACACACACACACACAGAGCUGCCCCAGUUACACCCAAACACUCACUUAUCGAAAAACUCAGACCGCAUUCUGUUUGGAGGACAACCAUAGUUUGAACAUUGGAGUGCAGGCUAGUUUUCUCUGGCUCUGAUCCUAAUAAUGCUAUCUCCACAGCUAUCCUAUCCAGUCACCAGAGCUUGGUUGCUAUGGACACCAGGAAUACUCGUCUGGUGUGAGGAAUUAUGGGAAGAGAGACGCUAAUGAGAUGUUUGAUGUCUACUGUUUCGGCAGGGAACUGGAUGGUAAGACACACGCACACACACACGCACACACACGCAUGCACACAGACACACACACACACACACACAAACACUUCUGAGCUCAGGGCCGGACUACCACAUCUAGGCCCCGGGGCACCUACCUCCAGUGGGCCCCCCUCCAUCCUGGGGGUAGGUCUCAUUUAACACCUGAUUUACUUAUCAAAAGGCACAUCUCAAUAGGUGGUCCAGGUAAGUCAUGACAUAGCACAAGUGUGUGGGGCGGGGGGGGGGGGUGUAUUUUACUGUAUUUAUACUUGGGAUGUCACUUUUCAACAAGAAAAGUUCAACAAUCACUGGAGGACGUCUUUAAAGUGAAUUUCCUGCAAUUCUACACAUUUGGAUAUGAGGCUGAGAGAACAUUUAGCUGUUUUCAAUCAACAUUUUCUGCUAUUCUAUACAUUUUGCCAUGAGGCUGAGAGAACAUUUUGCUGUUUUCAAGCAACAUUUUCUGCUAUUCUAUACAUUUUGCCAUGAGGCUAAGAUAAAAUGUUGUAGUUUUAAAGCUAAUUUCCUGCAAUUCUACACAUUUUCCUAUGGCUUAUGACGUGUUAAUGUGCUAUCUGGGGGGGGGGGGGCGACUUCCAGGGGGCCCACAACUGACAUGUUCAUAUGUUAUCAGGGCACGUGCCCUCCGUACUCAUUCGGUAAUCUGGCCCGCGUAAGUCACUUUCAUAACAUUGCCUUGUGAAAGCACAAUAAAGAUUUCUGAUUUAGAACCUCCUGUCUCUCUACCCCCCUCUCUCUUUCUCUCUCUCUCUCUCUCUCUCUCUCUCUCUCUCUCUCUCUCUCUCUCUCUCUCCUCUCUCUCUCUCUCUCUCUCUCUCUCUCUCUCUCUCUCUCUCUCUCUCUCCCUCCCCCUCUCCCCUUCUCUCUAUCCAGGUGAGGUGUUUCAUUCCUGGGUCCCAGGGCGUCUGUCUCUGUCCUCUGCUUCAGAACUCUGCGUCUCCCUGGGGGGACAGUUGGCCACGGUGGGGCAGCUCUACCUGGCCUGGACGACUGGGCUGGACGUCUGUUCUCCAGGCUGGCUCUCUGAUGGCAGCGUCCGCUACCCUAUCACCCAGCCCAGGCAGGGCUGUGGAGGGGAUCAGCCAGGGGUCCGGACCGUUGUACCCAACACCAAUGGAACCACAACCAGCAGCGGAUCAACCAAUGCUACGGACGCCACACUCCUCUAUGACGCAUACUGCUACAGAGGUGAGAAUAAAGUCCAGAUCUGGAUUCCAGAAGAGAUCAAAAGGUGUAGCUAUGACGAAUCGCUAUGUCAUUCAAAUUGA